AUUUUUCUGUGAGUCGCCCUUUGCUUUUUAGGGUAGAGUGGAUUUUUAUUAUAAUUAUUAAAAUAAUGGUUUUUAUGAGUUAACUGCAACAUUAUUAGUAUUAGUGGUUAGUGCAAUAUACGUGAAUCAAAAAGUAAUCCUAUUUAGUGGCAAUUGUGUGAUCAUAUCUCUAUUUCCUGUAUCGGUUCUUCAAUCUAUUCUAAACAGAAAAUGGCUGACGGUGUUGGUGCGGGUGUCUCCUUUGUUUAGACUGAAUUUUAGUGAAAAUAAGCAUCAAAAGAAAUAAUGCCUAGUGCCUCGUUUUCCUCUUCGCGUUCUUACGUUCGAAGAUCGCGAAGAAAAGGCGGACACAGAAUACCACUUCCAUCCAGGACACAAUCAAGUGAACCAUGUGAAUCUGUACCUUGCCCGAACAACGUGACAGGCAGCGCGAUGGCGGCGACGGCGUGCGCUGGGCCGAGUGGCAGCGGCGGCGGCGGGUCGGGCGGCGCGCCCCCCGUGCCCGCUGCGCCCGCCGCCGCCACACCCGCCGGACACCAUAGCCCCUACGACCUGCGCCGCAAAUCGCCACCUGCCUACCACGAGCCCGGCCCCUCCGGCUCCUGCUCGCUGCCCGCCAGGAAGAGGCCUAGGACAUCUUUGUCUCAAGGCGUGGACGUGUGCAACGUGUCGCAGUACCUGCAGUACGAGCUGCCGGACGAGGUGCUGCUUUGCAUCCUUUCCCACCUCACCGAGCGCGACCUCUGCCGCGUCGCGCAAGUCUGCAAGCGCUUCAACACCAUCGCCAAUGAUACAGAACUAUGGAAAAGUCUGUACCAGUCGGUGUUCGAGUACGACACUCCGCUGAUGCACCCCGCGCCAUGCCAGUUCGAGUUUGUCGCGCCGGACGAGUGCGACGCCGACAACCCUUGGAAGGAGAGCUUCCGCCAGCUCUACUACGGCAUCCACGUCCGCCCCAACUAUCGCCCCAAGAAGGACUCCCGAAUCAAACACUUUAAUACUAUCCGGGCGGCGCUGGAGUAUGUGGAGGAGCGCAGUGGCGUGUCGUGUGCGAGCGGAGGGAGCUGCAGCUGCGGCGGAGGCGGCAGUGGGGGUGGAAGUGCGGCUAGUGGUGGGGGCGGGGCAGCGGGAGUGUGCUCUUGCCGGCGCACGCCCGCUCCACCCCCUGCGCUGCUCUUUGUACACGCCGGCCUAUACCAGGAGGAGUGUCUCGCCAUCGACACUGAUGUGCAGCUCAUUGGCUGCGCCCCCGGCAACGUAGCGGAGUCUGUAGUGCUGGAACGUGAGGCGGAGUCGACGUUAACAUUCGCGGAAGGUGCCAACCGCGCGUACGCUGGCUACAUGACGCUCAAGUUCUCUCCGGACGCCACCAGCACGAUGCAGCACCACAAGCACUACUGCCUCGAAGUAUCCGACAACUGCUCGCCCACCGUCGACCAGUGCAUUAUACGUAGCGCAAGUGUCGUGGGUGCGGCGGUGUGUGUGAGCGGUGCGGGCGCUAACCCGGUGAUACGACACUGCGAUAUCAGCGAUUGCGAGAACGUCGGCUUGUAUGUGACGGAUUACGCGCAGGGCGCCUAUCAGGAUAAUGAAAUAUCACGCAACGCUCUCGCCGGCAUCUGGGUUAAGAACUUCGCCAACCCCAUCAUGCGCCGCAACCACAUACAUCACGGACGAGAUGUCGGUAUAUUCACAUUUGAAAAUGGACUGGGUUAUUUCGAAGCGAACGACAUCCAUAAUAAUAGAAUAGCCGGUUUUGAAGUGAAAGCCGGUGCCAAUCCCACCGUUGUUCACUGCGAGAUCCAUCACGGUCAAACUGGCGGCAUUUACGUGCACGAAUCCGGUCUGGGCCAGUUCAUUGACAACAAGAUACACUCCAAUAACUUUGCCGGAGUCUGGAUAACGUCCAAUAGCAACCCCACAAUACGUCGCAAUGAGAUAUACAACGGACAUCAGGGCGGUGUAUAUAUAUUCGGCGAGGGCCGCGGACUGAUUGAGCACAAUAAUAUAUACGGGAAUGCCUUAGCUGGCAUACAGAUUCGCACAAACAGCGAUCCUAUCGUGAGGCACAACAAGAUCCACCACGGACAGCACGGCGGCAUCUACGUGCACGAGAAGGGGCAGGGCCUCAUCGAGGAGAACGAGGUGUACGCCAACACGCUCGCCGGUGUCUGGAUCACCACCGGCUCCACGCCUGUGCUGCGCAGGAACCGCAUACAUUCCGGCAAACAGGUGGGUGUUUACUUCUACGACAAUGGUCACGGCAAGUUAGAAGACAACGACAUCUUCAACCACCUGUACUCGGGGGUGCAGAUCCGCACGGGCAGCAACCCCGUCAUCCGCGGCAACAAGAUCUGGGGUGGGCAGAAUGGAGGCGUGCUCGUAUACAAUGGCGGCCUCGGUCUCCUCGAACAGAACGAAAUAUUCGACAACGCCAUGGCCGGCGUCUGGAUAAAGACUGACUCCAACCCAACGCUCAAGAGGAAUAAAAUAUUCGAUGGACGCGAUGGGGGCAUAUGUAUUUUUAAUGGGGGAAAGGGUGUAUUGGAGGAGAACGACAUCUUCAGAAACGCGCAGGCGGGUGUGCUCAUCUCGACGCAGAGUCAUCCGGUGUUGCGUCGCAAUCGCAUCUUCGACGGCCUCGCUGCCGGUGUUGAGAUCACCAACAACGCCACCGCCACUCUUGAACAUAAUCAGAUAUUUAAUAAUCGAUUUGGAGGUCUAUGCCUGGCGUCGGGCGUGUCUCCGCUGGUGCGCGGCAACAAGAUCUUCAGCAACCAGGACGCGGUGGAGAAGGCGGUGGGCGGCGGACAGUGCCUCUACAAGAUAUCCUCCUACACAUCCUUCCCCAUGCAUGACUUCUAUAGAUGCCAGACAUGCAACACUACAGAUCGGAAUGCAAUUUGCGUCAAUUGCAUCAAAACGUGCCAUUCAGGACAUGAUGUAGAAUUUAUACGCCAUGACAGAUUUUUCUGCGACUGCGGAGCGGGCACGUUGUCGAACCAGUGUCAGCUGCAGGGCGAGCCCACGCAGGACACCGACACGUUGUACGACUCGGCCGCGCCCAUGGAGUCCCACACGCUCAUGGUCAACUGAACGCCCCGCCCACCACGCAGACCACGCCCACCGCCCCCACCGCCCCGCCCAUACACUCAACAUACACCACCAUACAUCUCACACUAUGCUACUUAUAUUGCAAUUUACUCAUAAGUUGAGAAAGUUAUACAUUUUUAUACCACUCUACCAUAUUUAAUUUUCCUUCUGAUUUCUU